UCACCACUCUCACGUGCCAAUCUUUUCCGGAUGGUGCUUCCAGAACGAUUGGCAACUAUCGCCAAAACAAGUAAAAAUGUCCCGACAUGUCGUCUGGUGGAGCCUUCAUCUCCUCAGCAUUUGGGCAUCCCUCCAAAGCGCAUUGUCACUUGGCUCACAAAAAGACCUACUUCAGAAGCUGUUAGUUGAUUCCGGCUACAACAGCGACGUCCGACCGGUCAAACAUGCCAAUGAGAGUGUGCUGGUCAGCAUCGACCUGUCACUGGAGCAGAUCAUUGACCUGAGUGAACCCGAACAAGUACUGAACAGCAAGAUCUGGAUGAAAAUGAUGUGGAAGGACGUCAGUCUCCAGUGGGAUCCUGAUGAAUAUGACGGCAUGACGAACAUGACCAUCCGGGCAGACGAAAUCUGGAGACCUGAUAUUGUUCUCUUCGAAAAUGUUGACCAGGGUUUCAGUGGUUGGCCGGUUGACCGUGUCAGAGUGGACAGUGAUGGGACAGUGUACUGGGCCUUCCCUGUGGUAGCAUCCACCAGCUGUGACGUGGACGUCGUAAGCUUCCCUUUCGACGCGCAGGCAUGUCCACUCAAGUUUGGGUCGUGGCUUCAUGACAGAUCAGCCAUCAAGCUUGACCGCACCAAGACAGCAGGGAAUUUGGUAUUAAAGCCAAAUGCUGAGUGGGAAGUUGCAUCUUUCAAGCCGAUAAUUAAGGAGAAAAAGUAUGGUUCAUCUAUUUUUGAUGAGGCAACAUUUAUUUUGGCCAUGGAGCGGAAAUGGUCCUUUUACUUCUUCAACCUACUGUUCCCCUGCUUCCUGUUGGCCCUGUUGGCGACACUGAGCUUCUACGUGCCUGCAGAGUCAGGGGACAAGAUAUCCUUCGGGGUGACUGUGUUGCUGGCCCUGUCGGUCUUUCUCCUCAUGAUUGCGGAGCAAAUGCCCGUGAGUGAACAUGUCCCCUUGGUAUCUUGGUACGUGAUCGUGACUUUGGUCCUCCUGUCCCUGUCCCUGUUGCUGGGCUCCAUUGUGGUCAACCUGAGCAUCUGUACCGCUGACACCAAGCCUGUCCCUGCCUGGGUCCGUCGCCUCGUCCUUCGCUACAUGAGCCUCGUGUUGUGCAUGGGGGACCUGAGCGGAUCUCUGGCUGUCAAACCGGACCAGGAAACAGAUGAACCAGGAGAGAAGACGACCCUGGAUGACAGCACCAUGCGAAUCAUCCGGGCAAGUGUUGGGGAGCCGGGGGAGUACCCUGAAGGACCUAACAAAAUGGAAGGAAAACCUAACAUGGCCGGAACCAACCUUCUGAUGGAGGAUCUGGUGCGAGACGUGCGCAACAUCGUCAGCCACCUGGAGGACGAGCGGGAAGGACAGGCGCUGGAGCACGACUGGAAGCGUGUGGCCCGCGUCAUGGACAAGUUCUUCAUGACCCUGUACCUCCUGACUACUCUGUUCAUCAUCCUGGCCACCUGCCUGGAUGGCGUCGUUGGCUGGUCCACCAGGCUGGAGCAGCAAAGGCAACAACUGGAGGCAAAAGUAUAAAGAAUUUAGCU